UGGCCCACGUAAAUUGUUUAUUUAAUCUUCUCAAUUAUCACAACGUUGCAAGGCCUGUUUCAUCGGUUCCCACCUGGUCAUAAAGAAGUUACGUUAGCGGCCAUUUUGAAUUCAGCAGUCAUUUUGAAAAUUCCUCUUUGGCAGAUUUUUAUGUCCACACGACAUCGGCAAAUAAAAUCGGAGCCAUCUCUGACAAAUGGUAUGUAUGAGUUAUCAAAAAUAUAUAUUAUAUGAUUUAUAGAUGGCAUUAGCAAUAUAAUAGUCAUGAUCACAUGUCAUUAUACAAUAUUCACUUCCUUUUUCUCUAGCCUCGUUCACAUCAAUAGAUUACACGCUAUGUACUGUAUUUCCUAGCUGAAGAUCCACCACAAUAUCUAAAUUUGGUAAGCCAUCCAUUUUUCAUUUUACUUUUAUAUAUCUUAUCAUACAUCAAUUGGUUAAUUACAACACAUAUUUUAGUACAUUUUUCCAAAACUGGUAUUUUAUCAGCAAACUUAGCAAUAUAUUUGUAUUAUAGUUCAGGUCGUGUAUAGGCUUAGUGGCUCCUACCCGGGCCGGGGGCUCCUAUACCACAUCUCCCCUUCAAUUAAAAGCCAAGUGUGUUAUCUCAAUUAGCAAAGUUCCCAAUCAGUCAAGUAUUUCAAAUACGCCAUAUAUUCAUGGUUGUGCGGUAUUUGUGACACUGGGGAAUAUGCCAUACUCACCUGCGGUAUAUGGCAUAUUCUCCAGGUGAUUAUGCCAUGUAUUGCAGUGGAUAUGCGAAACAUAGAUUUCAGUGAAUACCCGAUACUCACCUGUGGAAUAUGCCAUACUCACCUGCAAAAUACGUCAUCCUUACCUGCGGAAUAUGCCAUAUACCGCAGGUGAAGACGUGAUACAGAAAGCUUCGAUUUGAUUGGUCGAUUGAAUCGACUCUAAAUGUAAAACUACGCUGGAUUGCCAAUAUUGUUAGCGCUUCAAGUAUUAAUAUAUGAAUCCUGAAUUGAUUAAGUAAGUUUUGUACGUGUUAUUGCUGGAUGCUACUUCUGAAAGUAUCGGGAAUGUGUAAAUCGUGAAUUUCCAAUACAACAAUACAUGGAUACUCGUGAUUUUGUAUGUUCUUGUCUAGUCUUUGUCGAUUUGGUUAAAAAGUCACUGAUAAGCUCCAUGAAUGUAGAUUCGUCUAUUUAUGCAUAAUAAUGUUUCCAUUGUGCACUGUAUUUGCGUGUAACACAUACAUAAUAGACAACAUCAAACAUUCAGGUACCACUGGUGUAUGUUAUUCAAUGGUAUUAACUCAUGUAUUCAGUGGCACUGACCUGUUCAUCCAGUAAUCAUUAUAUAAUAAUUUAUAUUAUGAUUAUGGCAUAUUUUUGUAUCGCGUUUACGCCGUAACAAAGUACAAUGUACUGUAUUCAAUUAGUCAAGGUCACAGUUAAUUAAGCACUCAGUUUAAAUUGAUUCUCAAAUUAAUAUGACCUCUUGUAUUUUAUCUUACCUGUGCAUUUCAUUGCUUGGUCUUUUUAUGUAAGGCUUAACAGUGCCCCUGGCUCUGCAUUUAAAUUACUUUACUUAUAAAUACGUAUAUACACAACAUCCUGUUGUUCAAAUGUACGAUAACAACUAAUGGAACAGAUCCCAGCUCGAGCUCACAUUAAUUUGGACAAGGAAAACAGGACUGUGAGAAAUGCAAUUAGUAAUACUAAUUAAUAGCAGGAAUAAAAGAAGAAUUUGCUUUUUUUUAAAAUGACAAAAUUGUCCUGUUUUGGAAAUAUGUCGAGGGUGAGAAGUUUCUCUGUUCCAGUUUUCUUGAUUUUGACGAUGACUUUGUCAGUUUAUUGGGGAUUUUCAGUAAAAACAAUAGGAACUUGUAUAAAAGCCUUGCUUUCAGCAGAUACGUCACCUAGAAGAGCACACAUAUCGACGGCAGGUGAUGAAUCCGUGAAAAACUUUCUUUAUAUUGUGAAUUCUUAUCAAUGCAUACGCGACUAUCUUGUACAGAUGGACACGUUGGGAGAUCCAAAGAAUUUGGACGUGCUAGUAUUGAGUUAUAAAGCGCCCUGUAAAGACUCGAAGUUUGACCAUGUUAAGUACAUGUUUGGUCCAAAUACAACUUGGACAUCUGGAAGAAACCUUGCUUGGACAUAUGCGCAGAAGAAUCUUGGAAAAUAUCUGUAUUACGUUUUUCUUGAUGAAGAUAUCCUAUUAAAACCAACACUGCCAAGAAUUUUGAGUAAAAAUGUGCUUAAUAAACUGAAAUCAAAUACUUCCAUACUGAGACAAUUUGAAGAUUGUCUGCUUGAAACACAACCUGCAGUUGGUGCGCCUAUGUUUUCAGGGGGUGACCCUUUGCUUAUUUCCGACGAAUGUAAACUGGAUAAUUAUAGAAAAGAAUGGAAUCUCCCAGAGCGAGUUCCAAUGAUAUACUUUGAUAUGAUAUUCGUAGCACUCCAUAAUAAGGCUAUUGAGCAUUUAAUGCCACUAGAUGUACAAUAUGACAAACAAAGUUGGUGGGCAUCAGGACAAUAUUUGCAAAUGAAAUCCUAUUAUUAUUUUCAUCGUCAAGUUGCACGGUAUACCCUCAUGACCGUGCAUAACAAUCGGCAUAAAGGUUAUCCACGAGGUCUUGUUUCAUAUGCCGAUAUAAUUAAGGACAUCAAAUCUAAAGUUCCAAUGUCUUACAGAAAUGCAACAAUAUUUAGGCAGGACAUAAAGAUAAUGAAAGGUAAUAAUGUCGGGAAAAAACAAAUGCCAUUUAACCCAUUGAAACCAAGUUUUGAAUUGGCUCCUAAAAAUGAUGCUAUCGCUCCUUUCAAAUAUAUUGAGCGUAAGAACAACCCAUUUGAGAAUAAUGAUUGCUAAAUGCCAUAUUGCUUGAUAAUUACAGUCACGUUUAAUCUCAUGAAUUGAAUAUGACACUCUCUUGCUUUUGGAGUCGUGUCGAUUGCAACGUGAAUGAAAGAAUUCACCUUCAAGGCAAAUGAUAAUCAGUAGCCCCAUAAUGUGGAUGGUGCUAUAUUUGAAAGCACCGUAAUGUGGAUCGUGCUUAGUUCGGAUUGAAAACCCCAUAAUGUGAAUGGUGCUGGCGUCUGGGAGCUACAUAAUGUAGAUGGCGCUCGAGUCUAAAAGCCGCAUAAUGCGGAUGGUGCUUGAACGAUUGCUCCAUAAUGUGGAUGGCACACGCGUUUGGAAGCGCUUUUGCACCUUCAUAUUUUGAUCAACAGCCCAUAGUAGAAAUGUUAAUGGAUUUUAAAACUGUUGGGGUCAAUGCCCCUGGAUGUGCGGCAUUACCUGUUAUGCAUUUUGCUUUCAAUGUUGGUGCCAGUGACCAACUUCUGCCAGCAAAAACGGACCACGGUGUACCAAUGGCUUGUGGCGUAGGCAAGCGGGUAUUUCUAUAUAUUCCAACCAACGAUGUCCCAAUUGAACUUCCAAUGAACCACAUACCACUUGAAGCACUAUAGAACAUAUAAUCAUCACCAAAUUCGUGCUUGUAUACUGGACGGUGGUUGAAUGUCUUAGGUUCCAGAAAAUAGAGUCCUUGGCGUGCAGUCUGACUAGGGCUACUCCCGAAUAAAAUCUUUGCACAGGGUGUUGGUGCUAAAAAUUGAAUAUGGCAAUUACGUGACUAUUUACAUAUUGAUCAAAGUAACUGUACCUAAAAUACUUUAGUAUUUGAAUUAUUUACCAGAGCGUCUGUUUUGGUAUGUCAAUCUAUUCAGUA